CUCACAGUUGUCUCAGCAAGAAGAGAAGGCCUUCAUGGAUGCAGUUGUGGUCCUGGUGUUGGGUCUCUCCUGCCUGUUUCUCCUUUCACUCUGGAGACAGGGCUCUGGGAGGGGGAGGCUCCCUCCUGGCCCCACUCCUCUCCCAAUCGUAGGAAAUAUCCUGCAGAUUGAUGUUAAAGACAUCAGCAAGUCCCUGACAAAUUUGUCAAAAGUCUAUGGCCCUGUGUUCACUGUGCAUUUGGGUAUGAAACCCACUGUGGUGGUGCAUGGCUACAAAGCAGUGAAAGAAGCUUUGGAGGACUUUGGAGAUGAGUUUUCUGGUAGAAGCAUUUUCCCAGUAAUGGAGAGAAGUAAUAAAAGCUGUGGGAUUGUUUUUAGCAAUGGAAAGAAAUGGAAGGAGAUGCGACGCUUCUCACUUACGACCCUGAGGAAUUUUGGAAUGGGUAAGAGGAGCAUUGAAGAACGCGUUCAAGAAGAAGCCUGCUGCCUUGUGGAGGAGUUGAGAAGAACCAAUGGCUCACCCUGUGACCCCACCUUCAUCCUGGGCUGUGCUCCCUGCAAUGUGAUCUGCUCCAUUGUUUUCCAGCAUCGUUUUGAUUACAAAGAUCAAAUUUUUCUUAAUUUGAUGGAAAAAUUCAAUGAAAACUUUAGGAUUUUGAACUCCUCAUGGAUGCAGAUCUAUAGUGCUUUUCCACGUAUCAUGAAACAUCUCCCAGGGAGUCAUAAUAAUGUAUUUAAAAAUUUUGAUGAUAUAAGAAGUUAUAUUCUGGAGAAAAUAAAAGAACAUCAAGAAACCCUGGAUAUCAACAAUCCUCGAGACUUUAUCGAUUGCUUCCUGAUCAAAAUGGAACAGGAAAAACAUAAUCAGAUGUCUGAAUUUGUCAUUGAGAGCUUGGUGGCCAGUGUAAAUGACUUGUUUGUAGCUGGAACAGAGACAACAAGCGCUACCUUGAGACAUGGACUCCUGCUCCUGCUGAAACACCCAGAGGUCACAGCUAAAGUCCAGAAAGAGAUCAACCAUGUGAUUGGCAGGCACCGGAGUCCCUGCAUGCAAGACAGGAGCCAAAUGCCCUACACAGAUGCUGUGAUCCAUGAGAUCCAGAGAUAUGUUGAUCUCAUCCCUAGCAAUGUGCCCCACGUGGUGACCUGUGAUAUUAAAUUCAGAAAUUACUUAAUUCCCAAGGGCAUGACCAUAUUGCCAUCUCUGACAUCUGUGCUGUAUGACAGCAAGGAAUUCCCUAACCCAGAGGUGUUUGACCCUGGCCACUUUCUAGAUAAAAGUGGGAACUUUAAGAGGAGUGACUACUUUAUGCCUUUCUCAUCAGGCAAACGGAUGUGUAUGGGUGAGGGCCUGGCCCGCAUGGAGCUGUUUUUAUUCUUUACCACCAUUUUACAGAACUUCAACCUGAAAUCUCUAGUUGACCCAAAGGAUCUUGAUACCACUCCAGUUGUCAAAAGAGUGGUUUCUAUGCCCCCCAAGUACCAGCUUUGUUUCAUUCCUGUCUGAAGGAGAGCAGACUCUCUAGCCAUUGCUGUGCUAUCACCUGCAUCCUACCUUUCUGGGAAUCAUUCACCUCCUCCCCUCUGCCACAUCCCCACCCAGGAUGCCUUCUCUGUCCUACCUUUAUACCUCCUGAUUUCUGCAAGAUCCAUGGAAGCCGCAACCUCCAUUAUGGAGAGGUUCUUAUGUCACUGCAUAAGUGUAUCUGCUAUUCCUUAGGUUCUACACUACAUGUAAAGUAUUGAAAACAUCAUGCCUUAAUCUUUACUGGAUGGUCAAUUAUUACCACAUUAGCACUUUAAAUGAGCAAAAAGAUCAGAAUGUGAUAAUACACAGCCACCUCUGUCUUGCAUGUCCUGAAUAAAAAGCAUUAUUCAUUUCAA